AUGGCGAGAAACCUGAUCUUCUACUGCUGCCUCGUGGCCGUCGUUACCAUUUCCGUGCAAGCCGAGCCGCAAGACAAGCUAGACAACUUGGACGUGGACGAGAUCCUCAACAACGACCGCCUCCUGAAAUCCUACAUCCAGUGCAUGCUCGAUGCAGAUGAUGGGAAGUGUACCACCGAGGGCAAGGAGAUCAAAAGUAGGCUCCCAAAAUUGUUGGCGACGGGAUGUGGUGACUGCUCGCCUAACCAACUGGAGAGAGCUGUCAAGAGCCUGAAGCACAUCACAGAGAAGCACCCUGCAGAGUGGACCAAGUUGAAGGCCAAGUUCGACCCCACGGGCGAGUACACGAAGAAGAACGCCUACACCUGGAAGCAGUACGGCGUCACUCUCUGA